AUGACCAGCAGGUUGGCCUGUCCGCCAAACAUGAAGCAGUAUCCUAGCCGCGAAAGCUAUCCGCGGUACAAUCAAGGUAGCUAUAUUGCAGCAAGUGCGACAAGUCCUGCACAUGGCCUCCCGGCCCUAAUGGAUCAGCCUAUCUCGGCAGUUCACAACUACGUACCACCGCAGGCAGAAUAUCAACAUCAAGCUCCCUUGUACCCAGUCACAAUUGCCAAACGGAAAGUGCUGCGGGCUUCCCAGGCUUGCGAUCUCUGUAGGGAGCUGAAAGCGAAAUGCGAUGAGGGACGGCCAUGCAAGAAUUGUAGGGACAAGCAGGCGAAAUGCCAUUACCAAGACCUGCCAGCAAAGCCAAAGGAUACUAUCCUCGAUGCGAUUCGUUCUUUGGAGGAAAGAUUAACCGAGACCUUUCAAGCAAAACUAGAGGACACGGAAAAAGAAAUACUGGCAUGUGUGAGAGGGCUCACACUACACGAAGAGCCUGACUCUAGGGCACCCGCCUCUGUCGAACAGAUCGGAGAAGUUAUACGGGAAAACAUGCAAGAUGCCCUGGCAGACGAACUAUUCAUGCCUAUCCGUCACGCGGUUUCGAAUUGGUCAUCUGUCCGUGAAUUGGUGCGUAAUUCGUCCUCCCGGGUCGGCUACCGGAGCAUAUUAUCACGGAGAGACGUCAAUGAGGUGAUCCAUCCAUUAGUUGCGUCCCCUGCUUCCCCUAUCGAUGGAUGGAGCCAAGCCUCUGCUUUGACGCCGCCACCUUCCAACGAUUGGCACGGGCGCAACCCUAAUGCUAAACAGGAUCCUCGGUGGAACCCGGAGACGGUACGGAGAUACGUACGGAGUUUCAAGGACAACGUCCUCAGCCUUUAUCCCCUUAUCGCCCCUGCGGAGCUUGAUAUCAUGGUCGCGGAAUUUCUACACGAGCGAUUUCAUAUAGACACCUACAGUCGGGUUACCCCUCCUCUUGAGGCUCAAUCGGCAGGCCAGAAGAGGAAGCGAUCGUUCGUGAUGGAUGAGCGAUAUACCUCCAUUCCAAUUCCGAACCACGAGCGUCUCUUGCGUACCGAGGAAGAUGCUCUUAUUCUACUCGUCCUCGCUCUUGGUAAGCUCUGUUUUCGCCGAGGCAAGAUCUCCGACGUUGCUGGGGAGUCCAAAGCACAAUCUCGUAACCAUUCUCAGCCGACACCCAACUCACCGAUUUCACCGGAAGAAGACAGGAAUGGAGACAUACACGCAAGCGCAGGCCGACAUUCUUCUCUACCAGGCGCUAUUAUGCGCGAGAUUCCCUAUCCACAUUCAGAGGUGCCAGACCCAGGUAGGAUGCCCAACUUGGACUCUUUAGACUAUUUCACGCUUGCGGUGGGCACUGGCGAGGUGGGCGGUCGCUGCCAGCACCAGAACGUAUGCAAUCACGUCUGCAUCCAUCUCCUUGCUGGCUUGUACUACGCUAGUCUAGGACGCCUUCCGGAGAGUUGGUCCUACAUUUUUCUAGCAAGCCAGAGAAUACAAGCUAUCGUCCAACGCACCUUUAAUAAACUACUUCUCUCUCCAAUGGGUAAUUCAUAUGCUGGAGAGUCGACCGAGGAUAACCAACUCAUCAUUAAUUUUUGGACAUGCCUGGGACUAGAGAGUGAUAUUCGCGUUACAUUGCCUAUACCUCCGUCGGGCCUCCAACAGUACGAAGCGAAGAUGCCGUAUCCGAACCUAGAGCUUGCCACGAGUCGAGGCGUUUCCCAGCUUGUCAUAGGGUGUUACGUAGCUCAGCUGUAUCUUCGGAAGCAGCUGGUAUCUGUGCACAGUCCAUUGAAAUAUACAAGAUGCACGAAUCGAGAAGACGCCAUUAUAGAGCUGCAAGGGGCACUCAAGAACUCCAGAGAUAAGUGGGUGCCUCCAAGUUCGCAAUGGAAGGACGGCGACCCUCCGCCUAGUGAUGCGUUAUCCGCCUGCCUUCGCGCGAGGUACUGGGACAUACAAGUUGCUCUUUAUCUUCCUUUUCUUGAAGUUGUGCUCGAAAGGAAACCUACCCCUCCUGGUCUAUACCGGAGUAUUCUAGCCUCUAAUGCAGACAGCAUAAUGGACUCUACCACGAUAUCAUUUGUCAAACUGGCCAUCGAAGCACUGUUCGAGAGCAUACAGGCUUUUCGGGGAUUGGAUAAACAGCACCUAAUAAUCUUUGGCCUGCCACGGAUGGCUCAGACUCAAUGUGAAAAUCUCCUGGUGCUGGCUGCCUGCUCCAAGAACGAUAUCCUCAGCAGGUUCAUCGACCGAAAGAUAUUGCGCGCUCUAUUUAAGUGGGUCAUAUCGUUGUUCCAGAGGAUCGCUUAUCCGACCAGUGCGCUUCAGGCUGAGAUGAGUAGCCUCAUUCGCCUGGCGGACUACCUUGAUCUCAUGCAUGGUGACAAAUGA